AUGCGCAACACGGUGGUUGUGGUGGGGGAUUUCCAGGCUGAAGUCACUCCACAUGCUCCAUUAGUCGGUCGUUCAACCUGCCAGACCCCAUUCCAUGUCGGGGCAGACGCACUGGACCCCGGGGACCUCAACACGUUCCUGGAUAAUCUCGGUCUGGUUGCCCUUAACACAUGGCGCGGUCCAGCCACGCCUACCCAGUACAAUUUAACGGGGGGGCGGGGGGCGGGAAAGAGCCAAAUCGACUUCAUCCUGACCAGAGCCAUAUCUGCUGAUUGGGAAGCCAAGAAUGUCAAAGUGACAGCCCCACCAAUUGGCAACUGGAGACGGCACGUCGGUCACCUGGCGCUUCACACAACCAUCCGUCUCAUGAACCAUCACAUGCUCCCCAAAAGAUCCACGAACCCCCAGCUGGACAGGCACAAACUGGAUCACGAGAUACGUAAUCGGGAGGAGGGGGCACAUACCCUGCAACUUGCCCUUGCGACAGCCCUCAAUGCCCUCACGGACCCCACCCCAGCCAACAUCAACUCCACCCUUCUUGACACCUGCCAGAACCACUACCCAUUGGAGAGGAAACCCAACCCUCCACCCAACCCCAUUGUGCAGCACUUAUGGCAGAAGCGAAGGGAGGCCGAGUACGUCACCGUACGGCCCCCAAGGGAGCCGGAAAGGGAAAACCUGGAAAACAACCCCUGGUGGUACUUCCUAUCCAGACUCUUUCGGGGAUGGAAAGCUACGGUUGCCCUGCGGAAGCAAGUCAAAAUUGCUGAGAAACAAUGCAAAGAAAAGAAGCGCGAAGACAUCCUCCAACUACUCCAAAAGGCUGAGCAGGCAGCUGAUAACGGGGACCAACGAACCGUGUAUCAGGUUGUUCGGAGAUUAGCACCCUGGCAACCUAGACAACGGGUCAUGAUUAAGGACCCAAGCGGCCGACUCCUCACUCUCCAACAGGAGCACGAAGCCCUGGUGAGCUAUAGCGAAGACCUUUUCGCUCCGGACACAGAGCAGCCGGCUAGGGAGGAGCAAGGUCUUAACUUAGUUUUCACGGUUGAGGAAAUUGAAUCGCAGCUGAAGUCCAUCAAGAUUGGGAAAGCCGUCCCUCCAGGAGUAGCUCCUGCUUCUGCUUGGCGAUUAGCGGCCCCACAGGUUGCGAGGCUGCUGAAGAUGGCUUUUGACCAGCAUUCUCACCAACCAGGGAUCACACUCCCUCUUCAGUGGACCGACGCGUGGAUAGUCUGGCUCCCAAAGCCGGGCAAAGACCCAUGCGAGCCCUCAUCGCUCAGGCCAAUAGGCCUCAUGUCUCCUGAUGCCAAAGCCCUUGCAGGGCUUCUCAAAAUCAGACUCUAUGAGCUGAUUCGGCCCCAGCUGCGCAGGGUGCCGCAGUUUGCCUAUCAGCCGGGGAGGGAUUUGUACGAUGCUUUGGCUAGAGUGCAGGUGUGGAUUGACAACUUCAAAAGGUGUUACGGACGAGGAAACAGCAGCAAAUUCGCCCAAAGGGACAGGGAGGAAAAUCCGGACAACACAAAACUCUGCGUCGGGGGAGCCAUCCUCAGCCUUGACCUCAAACAGGCAUUUGACAGAGUUAACCGUCAAGCACUAGCCCAGUCGCUAAAAGACCUUGGUGCGGGAGAAAGCAUGACGGCCGAGAUUAUCUCCCUCCUAGACACAUCACGGUAUCACAUCAUCAGUGAUCAGGAACAAAGCACAGUGGGUACAACGCGAGGCAUCCGCCAAGGAUGUAAGAUCGCCCCCAUGCUUUGGGUGGCAAUAUCGACCCUUUUGCUGGAGCGGCUGGGGGAUGCCCUCUCAGGCCCCCACAGACAAGCAACCACUUUUGCCGACGAUACCUUAGUGCAAUGGCUCAUUGAAAACUCCACGGACAUUGCCCAACUUAGCAGUUUCAUUAACAAACUUCUGGGGGUCAUGCAGGACAUGGGGCUUUUGGUUAACCUUACCAAAACAGUCCUGCUCCUGAAAGUUUGCGGACCUGGGGCCAGACGUGCGCUCAAGGACUAUGUAGUGUAUAAGGACGGGAAAAAAUGGUGGCGGGCGCGACACCCUGAUGGGAGCGAGGCGCUAAUCCCCAUUGCCUGCUACACUACAUACCUAGGGACGCACCUUUCCCUCCAAACGGAAGCGCACAAAGUGGUAGGCUACCGUAUUGCUGAAGCUAACAAGAGAACUGGCAAAAUCAAAAAGGCGACCAGGUCCAGGAAAGUCUUCGGCCUAGCGCAUAGAGUACGCAUCUGGCAGGCCUGUGCUGCAUCGAGUGCUACAUUUGGCCUCAUUGCUUUCGCGCCCUCUGCCAAGGCGGUGGCACUCCUCAGGGGUUGGUUCUAUCGUCAACUAAGAGCCGUUGCGGACUCACCUGCCCACAUCUCGCAUGAGACUAACAAGCAACUUCGGCAAAGAUUAGGGGUUCAGGAUCCUAUAGAUGCCACUGUGCAACGGAUUCGGCAUAAACUUGAUAAGCUUCGGGUCGCAGACGCGAGCAUCAUCAACCAACCACAAACUCUCCAGUAUUGGGAAAGUAUGCUACAGCAAUACCUCAUCUUCCACACAGAAAACAUCGAUGCGGAGCCCGACUCCAGGCUGAUCCCGGUGCCCGCGCAACAAUCGCAGCCGGUGGCCUGCCCAGUCUGCGGAGUGUACUUCCCAUCAAACAAAACAAUGAGACAGCACAGGGGAAGGGUCCACAAGGUGUAUGUGAGCUCGCGCCGGCAUGAUGAUGACAUGUAUCAACAACAGGAUCACUCUGCUGGUGGCAUGCCACAGUGCAUUCAUUGUGGUCUUAAGACGGGUUCAUGGGACGCGCUGAGGAAUCACAUCCUCAACAACGUUUGUGGCUGGCAGAUGCCACCCGGCCCCACUCGGGAGGCCGAACAGCAGGACAUCACUACCCCCCCUAGGGGUCAAUCAGACAGGGACCCACGCAUACAUGAAGACACCCAUCCCUCGAGCACAAUCGCUCGGCAACAACCGGUACAGCCUGCCCAGAAGGAGCCGACGAUCCCGUUGUUGCGUAGACCUGAAGUGGCGAAGCAACUACUGCAGUCGGACUCUAAGCUGCAGAUCGUCAGAGAUCACGCUAGGAGUCUCAUCCAGCACUGUGGCUUCUGUGGACAGUGGAUCGCUAAGGGAGGCUCGGUUAAGGAGCACAUCAAGAGAAUGCACUCACACAUAUGGCAUGCAAGUAUUGGCAACCUGGACACUGAGUGUGCGAUGUAUAAAUCUCACCUCACCCGUGACAGUGUCUGCGACCUUUGUGAGGUCAUGGUGUACCAACCCGACAGGCACACUCGGAGCUGCACGGUUAUUUUCCAAACAGCCUUAGCCACAGCAUGGCAUAAGGUUGGGGCGCCGGACACGGCCCCCGUCGCCAGGGAUGUGAGAACUUGCAUCACUGAUGAGUUCCUUGCCAGGCAACUCAACCCCGACGUGCACAGGCAGGGCAAAAUGGAGGCAGGAGACAGCGAGGUCAUUGACAUGCUGACACGGCACUGUGGACUUUGCCUUCAGCGAUUGACGAAUCAACAGGACUGGAGGCGACACUGUGCCAACCAGCACAAGGAGGCCUGGAAGCGAGCUGAGGGAUUUGCAGAGCUGGCACUGCAGGAAGUGGCGAACAUGUGGGGGCAGCACAGCCCGAUGGAACUCAUAAUGAGGGACAGGCCGACCGAGGAGGAGAACGGCGAGGGGCGGAAAUUCCGUCGCAGGGAGGGCAAAGGCCCAGGCAAAGCAAAAAGGGAGCCGAUCCCGGCCCCAAACCAGCAGCUGGCAAAGCAAGUGCAAGUUCUAACCAAGUAUGUCAGCCAGCACGCCAUGGCGCUGCAACUGCUGGAGGCCGACAGAAGUUGGGUCCUCUGGAUGGACUCUGGAGCGAUGGGCAUCAUACCUCAGCUGGUCAAGACCACGGCCACCUGGAAGGAGAGCCGAGAGCAGAACAAGUGCACCUGCAGCCUUCGCCAGGCUCUCCUGGGAUCGCUCCUGCUGGAGCUGCAAGCUCGGCUUGCGAAGAUGGAGGGAGACAAGGCGGCACAGGCGCCACUCAUUCAGAGGAAGAUGCUCGUAGCAGAACCAAUGGCGUGGUCGUACACGAGAUGGAAUCCGGACAAGAAACUCCAGGAGCCCAGAGAGGGCAACCUGCUCUCUCAUCAGGAUGCAAAGGAGGCAGUUCAACUGCUGAUGCGAGAGGCCGUCAAGCCCAACGUCAUCCAGCGCUUCCAUGCUCUAGGCGGAGUAAAGGAGGACAGGCCAGGAGCCACGACGUUCGUGCUGACAGUCUCCCUGGACGCCGAUGCACGGCCCAACAUCAACAAGGCACUCCAUGCUCUCACGGAGACAGCGGCCACCGCGCUCAUAGGAGCCAGGAUCCGCCCGGAAAGAAGCCACAAGCCACUUCCAGAGGACCUACAGCGGGCCAUCGACGCGACAAGACGGCAAUGA